AAUCUCUUCAUCUUUGUCUUCCCAAGAGGGUGGAUUUAAGUUCAUUACAAGGGCGUGGACAGAAUGGGGACUGGUGAGGUGGUCACUGACAAGCAAGAGCUAGUAAAGCAGCCACGUGAUGACUUUUUCCCUGCCUGUGGGGACUGGAUUUGUUCAUAAGGACUGGAUUUGUGUUGAUCGAGUUGCAGUGUUUCAUUGACAACAGGUGCAUCCUGUCUUUUGAUGCUGAAGGAGAACUUGUGUCAAGGGAAUGAAGUGACGCUAUAGAGGAUUCACCUGGGACACCUCGGGUGCCGGCUGACGGAGGUGAGACAUGAGGACUUCGGCCGCUGGUUUCCUCCUCGGGAGCCUGGUGUUGGCCUUUUGUCUGCCUUUGGUGGUGACUUUACCAAAAACACUGGCCAUCCCAAAGAAACUGCAGCAAGCCGUGGGGAGGGUUAUUGUCAAUGCCACCAGCUGCACGGUCACCUGUGGCCUUGGCUAUAAGGAAGAGACCGUCUGCGAGGUGGGCCCUGAUGGCGUGAGAAGGAAGUGUACGUCUCAGCGCUUGGAAUGUCUGACCAACUGGAUCUGUGGGAUGCUCCAUUUCACCAUUCUCAUAGGCAAGGAAUUCGAGCUGAGCUGCCUGAGUUCAGACAUCCUGGAGGUGGGGAAGGAAGCUUUCCGGUUCACCUGGCGACUUGCUCGCGGUAUCAUCUCAACUGAUGAUGAAAUCUUCAAACCCUUCCGGGCCAGCUCGCACUUUGUGAGGUUUGAGUCUAUUCAGGAGUAUGACUCUGGGACAUACCGGUGUGAUGUGCAGCUGUUAAGAAACUUGAGGUUUGUCAAGAGGCUCUAUUUUGGGCUUCGGGUCCUUCCCCCUAACUUGGUGAACCUGAAUUUCCAUCAGUCCCUUACUGAGCAUCAGAAGUUAGUCGAUAAGGGCCUGGAAGUGAAUCUGGACAACGGUUCUAAGCCUCAUGGCCCACCGUGGAAAAAGAAGGUGGCUGUAGCUUUGGGAAUAGGGAUUACCAGUGGAAUGGCUGGUGGUGUGUUGGUGAUCAUUGCCCUGGGCAGUGGGCUGAGGCUGAUCUACAGCAGUGCUGGCCUUGAGUCCUUCAGAGCCUCCCUCCGGAAAGGCUGGCUGCCCAGGAACCUGGACCUGUUCAGGAAGGCAGGCUUGCUUUUUAAAGGAGUAUCUGGUGGUCUGAUUGUGGCCUGGCUAGGAGGGAGGGCUUCUACCGCCAAAGGAGUGAGUGGGGCACAUGGAGAGGGGUAACAUCGUGGUAGCGCAAUGGGCAAUACUCCAGAUGGAUGUCUUCCUGAUCUUCCUGCCACUAGGCCCCCAGAAAGCCUAACCGUAGGCACUGCCGCUGCUCCUGGGAAGUUCUGGCUUCUGGGUUUGCAUUCACUAUCUCUUACAACUUGAUGCCUCUCCACCUCUGUCCCUUCUGAGCAUAUGAUCACAUAGAAGGACAUGUUAAUAGCUUUUCUAGUGGAAACCUUUUUUUCCUCUUCAAUAAAAAUCAUUCAUAGUAGCUGCGUGGAGACUAACCUUCUCUACUCUUUAGUUAAAAAUCUCUUGCAUCUGUUUAAAUUGUCCCAUAAUCUGUCUAGCUUUCC